AUGGAGCAGAUUUUGUUAGGAAGAUCUGAUGUUGCAGGUUGGGGUGCAUUCAUUAAGAAUCCUGUAAAUAAAAAUGAUUAUCUUGGAGAAUAUACUGGUGCUUCUUGUCCCGCCGGCCGUUCUGGCACUCCGCGAGACCAGUACCUUCAGGAUCUCGUGACCCAGUUCCAGAACGCCACAAAUGAAGAAUCUAAGGAGAAGAUUGUUGCUAACCUGGCAAAUUUUGCUUAUGACCCUUUUAAUUAUGCCUUCAUGCGCCAGGUUGUUCUUGAGUUAUUCUUGGACUGCAUUACAGAGCCAAAUGAAAAGCUUGUCGAGUUUGGCAUUGGUGGAAUAUGUAACUCCUGUGAAGAUCCUGCAAAUUCUUUAAUCAUUACUCAGAGUGGUGGAAUCCCGUUGGUUGUACAAUGCUUAUGGAGCCUAGUGCGGAAUACUAUAAGCAUUUCUGAAGCUAUAGUGAUCAGCUCUUGAGCAGCUAGAGUUAUGUAGUUGUGGGCUUUUGAACAAUAGCUAGAGUGAUAUGAAACAUUAGUGAUGUAGUUGUGGUGCUUUUGUGACU